AUGAACAUUAGCAUCGACGGAGAUGAGAUCGUCGCCGACCUUGACAAGGCGCACAAGCGUGGCGAGGGCGAUCGUCGACCUUGGCUGCAGUACCAAGGACAGUGGAGCUUCAUGGGCCGCCCAGAGAAUGUGAAUGGCUCCGUGGUCUUCAACGGUCGCAAGUGCUUCUCCUUCGGUCCCUUCUGCGGGAAGCAGUCGAUCUUGGACGUGUUCAAGGACGACGAUUACAUCAUCCGGACUUUGACUGCCGAGGGUGCGAAGAUGGCCAUCAACGAGUGGGAGGACCAGGAGAACUUCUGUCCACUCACCAUCGCCGUCGACAAUUCGCCCUGCUUCAACAGCAACUGCCAGAAGUACGACACCGUGCAGGAGCGCAACGAUUGCCGUACCCUUGCCAGAAGCUACUGUGCAACAAGUUGCCCGGAUCCGCGCAACAUGGACACCUGCAAGGAUCGGGGCUGCUUGACCCUGGGAUCUUUCGAGGCCGUGGAAGCGGAGAACCAACUGAACACGGAUCCAAACGAGACGGGGCAGGCACCUGAAAGCGCGUUCGAGUUCCAGCCCACCAAGAUCAAGACGAUGGUCGGUGGUUUAGUCUUGGACGACACCCAGCAGUACGUAGGCGGCAAGCACCUUUCGGGCUUCUUCGCUCUCAACAAAGCUGAGCUGUUCUGCCCCUCGCAGGGAGUUGGAGACCCCGUGGCCGACGAGUGGGAACGCCGUGCACUCUGCUUGAUGGGAGUGGAUGCAGACCCACGUGCGGAACCCAAACUGGAUUGCCCCGAAGAUGACCUGCUCAAGUUCAAUGGCCUCUUCCAACGUUCCUUCGGCGACGAGUUUGGAAACGCCAUCCGUGGAGACAUUGCCAAGUUAACCUCCUCCUAUGCGGUGAUCAUCGUGUACUGCGCCAUCAUGAUCGGCAAGUGUGACGCGAUCCACUCUGGUGUCGCUAUGUCCUUCGUGGCAGUGCUGAUUGUCGGCCUGACCAUUGCCAGCACCCUUGGCCUCAUGGGCUACUUCGGCGUGCCGAACGGUCACUCGGACUGA